AUGGAAAUCAUUACGGAGAGGUUCUACUCGAACCUUUUCCGUUCAUCAACUCCUGUGUCAAGCCCGAUCAUCCUCACUGAUGAAGCUCCAACACGAAUUCUCCCAUCGAAAGUACGAGUCGCUAUCAAGAGCAUGAAACCUGGCACAGCUCCCGGACCUGAUUUUAUAUCAGCAGAUUUUCUUCGGGCUGGUGGCCAUCCGCUUCAUGUAAUCUUAGCAGCGCACAUGACAUCCUACCUUCAGAAAGAAAGGAUCCCAAACCAGUGGAAGACCUUGCGAACUGCUCUUAUCCAGAAGAAAAAUGAUCGAGAAGAGCUUCGGAACUACCGCCCGAUAUGCUUGCUGAGCGUGUUAUACAAAAUAUUCAUCAAGAUCAUCCUCACGCGCAUAUUUAGGACGCUGGAUGAAGCCCAGCCUCAAGGGCAAGCUGGAUUCCGCCAAGGGUUCAGCUGCUUGGACCACAUCCAGACCGUGUCGUGGGUCAUAGAGGUUUGCAGGGAAUACCGCCUGCUCCUUGUUCUAACUUUCGUCGACUAUGAGAAAGCCUUUGACAGCGUAGAAACGAAUGCAAUACUGUCAGCGGUGGUCGGUCAAGGUGUGGACGCGUCGUAA